AUGGGGGCAUGGAAAAAUUCUGCCGAUGCAGAAGGAGGGGGAGUCAUCAGGACCCCAUCUGGGGGAUGGUAUGUGGGGUAUUCAAGCAAAUACAAUGCCAUCACUCCUCUUGCAGCUGAACUGUAUGCUAUCAGGGAAGGGCUAGAGAUGGAUAAGGAAUUUAAGAUCAAGUUCCUGGAAGUGGAAACAGUUGCAGAGAUUCUUCUAAGGAUGUUGCCCUCUGCACUCUCCAAUCAUCACGAUGAAGUAGCUGCUGCAAUCAUGGAUGUUGCCCAUCUGCUAAAUCUAAAGAGUUGGACUGUCUACGUGGUUCACAUUCCAAGGGAGAGGAACAGGAUGACCCAUAAGCUGGCUCAGUUUUCCAUGACCAUGAACCUUGAUCACAAGAUGCACUUCUCAGUCUCUGACUGUGCCUGA